AGCUCAGGUUUCAACCUUCUAAAUAUAAGGUGUGCUCAGGGGUCCUGGAGCACACCCACAUUUGCUGCAGUGUGCUCCUGGCCUGCAGAACUCAGUACUUUCUGGAUCACCUCCACUUUUUCAGUGCAUGCUUUCUGAGGAAUACUUAGAACACAUUUAUUUUAAAAGAACAAGUUGGAGAAAACAAAUAGAUUGCUGUUCACAGUCUCUCUGGUGCUUUUGCACAGGGAAAACAAUGGCAUCAGUACCUUCCAUUGGUUGCCUGCUGGCCAAAAAUCAGUAUUAUCGAAAGGCCAGUAUUUCUUCAGUUAGCUCUUUAACUGAUUCUGUUAACAUCAUUCUUGAUGACAAAUCCCAACAAGGGUUACUGAAAGUGGAAGAAUCCAGCUGGUGGUUUAAAUCCUUUUUCCAUUGUGACCCUGUCCUUUCAGAUGUAAGAAGAGAAGAUCUGUGGGCUAGUGGCACUAGUAGUUGAUUCUGACAAUCAACAAGACUCUACCUGUCAAGGUGCUAUAUUUGUGAACAACACCUUUCAGUACCAAGCUAUUCCAGAUGACUUUUCUUCAUUAUAAGAAGACAGAAAUCUGCUUGAGAACACAUUUCUGGGAUAGUAUCUCUACAGCCACCCAUACGGCAAAAGAUUAGGCAUUUUCCUCAUUAUACGGACUUGCUGCAAGUGGCAUCAGCGCAACAUGGAGAACACUGGAAAAGAAUGCU